CGGAGGGGCGCCGAUGGUGCGGCCUCAUGUCUAAGACGCUGCGGAGGAAGCGCCACUGGCUGAGCAAGGUGCAGGAGUGCGCCGUGUCCUGGGCGGGCGGCGGCGGCGCGACCCCCGACUGGCUGCGGGGCGGCGCCGAGCGCGGCGAGUUCCCCUACCUCGGGGCCCGCCUGCCCACGCCGGCCGAGCCCGCCGGCCCCGCCGCCGGCCCCCUGCUGCUCUCCGGGAAGCCCCCCGGCCCGGGCGACGUGCUGCUGGAGGUCAACGGCACCCCGGUCAGCGGCCUCACCCACCGGGACACCCUGGCCGUCGUCCGCCACUUCCGCGAGCCCGUGCGCCUCAAGACCGUGCGGCCAGGGAAAGUUAUCAACAAAGAUCUGCGUCACUACCUAAGCCUGCAGUUUCAGAAAGGCUCAAUAGAUCAUAAACUACAACAAGUGAUCAGAGACAAUCUUUACUUGAGAACCAUCCCUUGUACUACAAGAGCUCCACGAGAUGGGGAGGUCCCUGGGGUAGACUAUAAUUUCAUUCCAGUUGAGCAAUUUAAAGCAUUAGAAGAAAGUGGAGCCUUACUAGAAAGUGGAACAUAUGAUGGUAAUUUCUAUGGUACCCCCAAACCUCCGGCUGAGCCCAGUCCAUUUCAGCCUGAUCCAGUGGACCAAGUGCUUUUUGAUAAUGAUUUUGAUCCAGAAUCUCAAAGGAAAAGAACCACAUCAGUCAGCAAGAUGGAGAAAAUGGAUAGCUCUCUUCCUGAAGAAGAGGAGGAAGAAGAAAAGGAAGCAGUUAAUGGCAGCGGAGGCACAGAAAACAAAGAAAGACAUUUGGAUUCUUCUGACUGGAUGAAACCGGUACCUAGUUACAAUCAAACAAGCAGUUCCAUGGAUUUCAGAAACUAUUUAUCAAGGGAAGAAAAUUUAGAGCCUCUACCUAAGAACUGGGAAAUGGCCUACACAGACACCGGAAUGAUCUAUUUCAUUGAUCAUAACACCAAAACCACCACCUGGCUGGAUCCUCGUCUUUGUAAAAAAGCAAAAGCUCCAGAAGACUGUGAAGAUGGAGAACUUCCUUAUGGUUGGGAGAAAAUAGAAGACCCACAGUAUGGAACAUACUAUGUUGAUCACAUUAACCAGAAAACCCAGUUUGAAAAUCCAGUUUUGGAAGCCAAACGGAAAAAACAGUUGGGGCAAACUGAUGGAGGCCCUCAAAUUGCAGAACCAAUGAAAUCUCUCUUUACCCGAGACCCAUCCCAGUUAAUAGGAGCACUUAUACGGACAUCACUGAAAAAAAGCACUAUGGGAUUUGGCUUUACAAUCAUUGGUGGAGACAGGCCAGAUGAGUUCCUCCAGGUAAAGAAUGUGCUGAAAGAUGGACCUGCUGCACAAGAUGGCAAAAUUGCACCAGGAGAUGUCAUUGUAGACAUAAAUGGUAAAUGUGUCCUUGGCCACACCCAUGCUGAUGUUGUCCAGAUGUUUCAGUUAGUUCCUGUCAACCAGUAUGUGAAUAUGACUUUGUGUCGUGGAUACCCACUUCCUGAUGAAAAUGAGGACCGUGUUGUAGACAUUGUUACUGCUACACCUGUUUUAAAUGGUCAGCCAAUACCAAAAGGAGAUACUUGCAUGAUCAAUCAAGAGUUAAUACCUGGAACGGUGGUUUUGGACCAGAAUGGAAAACCUGGACAUAUUUUAGUCAAUGGUCGUCUAAAUGGCCCUUCAACGGACCUUGGUGAACAGAGGGCAUCAGUGUCUUCUUCAGGAUGCUCUCAGGCAGAACUGGUUACAAUUCCUCUAAUCAAGGGCCCUAAAGGGUUUGGAUUCGCAAUAGCUGACAGCCCUGCAGGGCAGAAGGUGAAGAUGAUUUUAGACAGCCAGUGGUGCCAUGGACUUCAGAAAGGAGAUAUUAUUAAAGAUAUUUAUCAUCAGAACGUGCAGAACUUGACACAUCUCCAGGUGGUAGAAGUGCUAAAGCAGUUUCCAAUUGGAGCUGAAGUGCCGCUUCUUAUCUUGAGGGGAGGCCCUUCCUCACCUGCUAAAUCUUCCAAUGUUGCAAGUAUUGAUAAUAAAAUGGAGGAAACUUCUGUAGGAAGUCAAGAGGCUAUCAAUGAUGCAGUUCCACAGCCCAUGCCCUUUCCACCCGCUGCUGUAAGAUCAGCGUCCCCAAAGCUAGACCCUUCAGAAGUCUAUCUGAAGUCUAAAACAUUAUUUGAAGAUAAACCUCCGAACACAAAGGAUUUGGAUGUUUUCCUGAGAAAGCAAGAGUCUGGGUUUGGCUUUCGGGUUCUUGGAGGAGAUGGACCAGAUCAGUCUAUCUACAUUGGAGCUAUCAUCCCACUGGGAGCAGCAGAGAAAGAUGGCAGACUGCGUGCUGCUGAUGAGCUUGUGUGCAUUGAUGGCAUCACCGUCAAAGGAAAAUCACAUAAGCAGGUUUUGGACUUAAUGACGAGUGCUGCACGAAAUGGCCAGGUGCUACUGACUGUCCGCAGAAAGAUCUUCUUCGGUGUAGAUAAGCAAUUGGAAGAAGAGUCUUCAUCCCAAGUUCCCAUCUCAUCCCAGAAUGGCUCUCCCCGGACAAAUCGAAUAGACCUAGCCAGGCAGUUCCCGGAGGCCUACGAUGUUGUACUGCAACGGAAGGAGAAUGAAGGAUUUGGCUUUGUAAUCCUUACUUCAAAAAACAAGCCACCACCUGGUGUGAUUCCGCAUAAGAUUGGCCGCGUCAUUGAAGGGAGUCCAGCUGAUCAUUGUGGGAAACUGAAGGUGGGAGACCGAAUCUCAGCAGUGAACGGGCAGUCAAUUGUAGAUCUUUCACAUGAAAAUAUUGUGCAACUGAUAAAAGAAGCCGGAAACUCUGUCACGCUCACUGUUGUUGCUGAGGAAGAGCACCGUGGCCCCCCAUCAGGAACAAAUUCUGCCAAACAAAGUCCAGCCCUGCAGCACCGACCAGUAGGAACAGGAACAGUCAGCUCUGUGACCACAGAGAGAGGUAAUAUAGAAGGUGAUCUUGGAAAAGAACAAAGCAACUGCUUCAAGCACUUCUCACCAUCAGAAAUCAGUGUAGCAUCUACCACAGGAAGCAAACAUUCUCAGAUUCCUGGAUGUUAUCCCGUAGAGCUGGAGCGAGGGCCUCGAGGCUUUGGAUUCAGCCUUCGGGGAGGGAAGGAGUAUAACAUGGGGCUUUUCAUUCUCCGACUCGCUGAGGAUGGCGCGGCCAUCAAAGAUGGAAGAAUUCAUAAGGAGGCAUCUCCACAGUCCAGCUCUGUCAGACCUUCAGAACGGGUUGGUGACCAGAUUGUUGAAAUCAAUGGGGAACCAACCCAAGGAAUCACCCAUACAAGAGCCAUUGAAUUGAUUCAGUCUGGAGGAAAUAAAGUUCUCCUGCUUUUGCGACCAGGAACUGGCUUAAUACCAGAUCAUGGUGAUCUGGAUAGUUUUAAUCCAACAUCCUCAAGUGUAAUUCAUGGUGAUCAGACACCACUUCCCUCAUCCUCACAUUCUGCUUCCACAUCUGAAGUAUCUCAUUUGCCAGGAUCAGAAGAAGCUUUAAUGAAAGUUCAGAUGACUGAAAAACUGGAAGAACUGAAGAACACUGUGCCUGAAAAGAAAAGCACUUUAAUGGAAAACCACUUGGAGAUGGAGAAUACAACCUCUACACAAAGGAACGUGAACAAGCGGGACCUCCCCUCCAGCCUCGGUAAUGAGGUGGCACAUAGUAAUGCACAGUUAGCAAAGGGCAAGGCAACCAGCAGAGGUAGAUCAACCAGCAGAGGCAGAUCAGCUAGUCCAAAAAAGUUAAGCAAUACUACUUCCAGAGACCAACAUCAAGUACAAAGCACCAGCCCUAGGAGGGGUGAACCUAAAAAACACCACAAGGGGUGGUGCUCAGAUCAACCAGAGAGUCCCAGAAGACACACAAACAAGCACCCAGGAACAUGUGAGAAUGCAGAUAUUGGAAGAGGCCCUGCCCGGGAAAAGAGAGGCAGAUCUGUCAGUCCCCAGAAACAUCCAAAGAAUGGGAGAAGCAGAGACAAACUAAAUAUGGAACAAGGGUUACCAGAACUUCAAAACAGAACACCUUCUAAUGAUAAAACCUCAGCUAUAUCACCAAAAGAUGAAAAAGCUGUAUUGGGAGAAUGGGGGGCUGUGAAGGAAAACAAAAAUCUAAAUAUAUCUACAAAGGAUGAGAAUUGUCCUUCAGAUGCUGCACAUACCAAGUCAGUAAAGCAAUCUCUCCCACCUUCUAAGGCUAAUCAAUUUAGGAAGAAAAAGUUGGAAGAUGAAAAAAUGAAGCCAAGCUUUGAAGAGUCAGACUCUAACCAGUUCCAAAUGGUAGGUCUUCCUGAAGAUUUAACACUUUCUGGGGAGAAAAACACUAGACUUGAUGCAGUAAAGCCUCUGAAUAAAUUCAGAGACAAUGACCUGGAGCCAGCUGACAAAACCAAAGAGGAUGGGAUUUCCAAAUCUGAGACUAGAUCUCCGGUGAAGAAAACAAUAACUCCUGGACCUUGGAAAGUACCAAGAGCAAGUAGAGUCACAGAAGCAGCGAGUGUGACUGACAAACGGGUUUGACUGACAAAACUUUUUUUAGAGCAUAUUUUAAUUAGGUUUCUAAUGUGGUCACAGUUUGUUUUCACAAAACUAUCAUUUUUCAGACACUGUGAUUGACCAGAUGAAAAGUACAUUUGAUUUGAUCAUACACUAAUAAGGCUGCAUGAAGGACCUUUUGGAUUGCAUAUAAGAAACUCUCUUCAAAAGCUGCUGUCCUUUUGUCCCUUUUAAAGAUUGUGUCCUGCUGCUCCUUAUGUUGCACUGCUAAGGCUUUCUGAUAGUAUUGUGAGUUAAUGAACAAAAUUAUUUAAUGCCUAUUAUCAGUGUAGUCAUGACUCAAUACUCGUUCUUUGUGCCAAGUUAUCUACUGUAUCCUGUUGAAUCUUCUCCUGCAUUUUCCACUGCCACAGAAAAGGAAGAUUUUUGUUUAAAGAUGAGUAUUUACUCAGGCAUGCUGCAUGUUUACAUAAGGGAUAUUUCUGAGUUCUCACCGCUUAAGCAAGAAGUUGGGUGGGCUGGUUCUCUUGGCUCUUUGGAAUCAGGGAGCAAACACACCCCAAUAGCUUUUUCCCCCACAAAUCUUUGUCCUCAAAACCAUUCUGUGCCAGCAAAGUAAGUCUGAGCAAGAAGUGCCGCUUUCUGCAUAUUUAAUGUUUUCAUUUUACUUUAUAAUACCCAUUUUGAUUCAGUUGUU